GAGACAAAAGCUAGCAUAUCGACUGGUUAGAAAAAAUAAAUACACCAUAAUACAUCACGAAAUCAUGAAAACAGACAGAGAAAUGCGAUGCUUACAACAACAACACCAUUAACAGCAUUUAAACGUCAAGUACAUUGAUUACAAGCAGUGUGAAAAGAAGAGAAUAUCUGCGCAAAAAAUGUGUGUCUCUCACUUAUUUUAGAGUAUAUAUGGCUUCAGUGGGAUUAUUAUGAUGUUAUUAUAAAUAAAUAUCGCAAGCCAAAGAGAGAGAAGUCAAAGAAAAAUCAUAUUGGAAGUCAGUUGAAAAUAAAAAGGCAUCAAAUAGUUGUACUUACAAUACUCGUGUACAUAUAUAUAAAGGCUUGAGCAUUCGAAUGUGCGGAUAUAUAUUUUUUUUCCUACCCUAAGUAAGACUACGACGACGACGUUUGUAGUUUUUAAAAAAGGCAAACAGAUAACACUUUUUCGUCAGUCACAUUCAAAUCAUCAAACGAUCAAGACAUAAGUAGUAUAAUAAAUAUUCUGUGUGGAGUAAUGUAAUUUAUUAAAUUAAUUGUGAAUGAAAAAUUCUUUUUGUGAUUUUUAAAAUUAAUAAUUAAUAAUUUUUGUAAGAAAAAAAAAUAUUGCAAAAAAAAUUGAAAAGAAUUUGCAAAAAAAAAUAAUAAGACUUUUUAAGAGGACUUAAAAGUUUGUGUGUGAUAUUAACUUAAAAAAAAUUAAUUAACUUAAGUGUAAAAGACUAUUUGCAUAAAUAAUGGAUACCAAUAUGAUGGAGAUUAUUAAUCGUGACUCAAGAACGGCAGUAUCACUGCUUAAAGUCAAGACACAAUCAUCGAAUUUAGAGUUUAAUGAGAUUGAGGAAAAUUGUGAUAAGAAUCAAAUUAAAUGCACAAAACGAUCGACACUACGGAGUGUACAAAUCCAUAGAAACUGUUCGAAAAGACUUUCAAAUUACUUAACAGUAGUACUAAGUAUUUAUUUUAUAUUAUCAAUAAUCCAAAGUGAGGCUAGCCCGAUCCAUCAAAAGAAAGUAUUUGAAGGUGGAAAGAUUUUUAAUCAUAAGUGUGGAUCGGAUCUCGGUGAUAGAAGUACAAAAAUGAAUGAUCGUAUUCUGGAAGACAGACUGAAAUCAAUUUUGCUCUCAUGCGAAGAUGCAUUGGUUCAAACAAAGGCAUUAAGCUCAGAAUAUAUCAAAGUAAUGUGGAACACGACAAUCCAUGAACAUCAUGAAGCAUGGAAGCACCACAAAGUUCCACAAUGGAUUCAUCCAGAAGGUAUGCCACUCAAGAAACAGUAUUCUGAAAAUAUUCCAAGUGAUCAUAGAAGUGAACUUGAGGCUGUUCAAUGGAAAGAUCAUAAGAAGGUAUUUGAAUAUCUCGGUAAAAUCUAUCAACGACUAGAAAGAAUUUACGUCGGUGUCCAAAUUGUCAACAAAUGGAUUGAAAUGGCAAGAACAACAGAUGGAAUGUUAAAAGAAGAUGAAUUAAAGAAAAGCGAAAUUUUAUUCCAAAAUGUCACGGAAGGAAUCAAGACAGUCUUAUGCAACAUUCAAGAACUCUUUUUGGACGUUGAUAUCGAUCCGUCAACUGAUUUGGACAUAACGCCAUUCAAAUUGGACGAUUUGAUUAAAAUUAAUCAUUGGCUCAUUUAUCGUGAAUAUCAAAAUUUGAUGGAAUAUUCAAAUGAACUUUUGGGUUUGAUUAUUAAAAAAUACAACAACGCAAAUUAAAAAUUUUAUCAAUCGAUGUAAAAUGUCGCUUCUUGAUAGACUUGCUUGGUUAAAUGCAUGAUAGCAUCCCAAAUAUAUUCAGCAUAUCAUGCACAAAUUGAAUUUUUCAACCGGCUGAAUACCAGUGAUUAUUAUCAUUUUUUUUCUAAUAUUUUAAGUAGGAUUCUUAAAAAUUAUUUGCAUCACAAUUUUCUCUCUUAUUGCUACGCUUAUGUCUAUUUAUUGUAUUAUAAGAUUAUGGAGUUGAAGACUCGUGUGGAUUGAUGUGGAAGAUUUUAAUGGAUAUUGAAAUUGAAAAAUUUGAAUCGAACACUUUAAUGAAAAAAUGAAUUUUGAGAAAGUUUAAAUGAGACAAUGUUAAAGUAAAUUAAAAAUCAUAUUCAAAAAUGUCAAAAAUCAAAAUUAUCCUCAAGUUUAAUCUAAAGUCUUUCCUCAAUUCCUCUCAACAAAAUUGCUAUCUCAAAUUAAAAAUACUAUUAUAUCCUUUAUAAUCCAUUGUAUAUAUAAGGAAAUGCACCUUAAAUGUAAUGAAAAAAUGUAAAUGUUAAAAACACAAAUUAAUUUAUUAAUCAAAACUUAUUAAAAAAUUGUUGUAUGACAAGAUACAAAAAAAAUCCCAACGCAUGUUCAAUUAGAAAUCAAAAAAAAAAUAUAAUUGAUAUGAUAUCCAACAUAGUUAUUGCCAUUAUAUUAAUAAAUUAUUUUAUGAUAUUAUCUUGGAAGAAUUUUGUCAGAUUUUAUUUAUUAUUGAAAAAUGUGGACAAAAACUGCUAAUUUUAAGUGCUGGAAACUAAUUUAAAAUUAGAAAAAUUUUCAAAUUCGAAUAACUGAAAAACUUCAUAAUUUUGAAUGCCUAGCCCCGCUCAAAAUAUGAUUUUAAAAAUUAUUCCUUAAAUUUCAACAAAUUAAUUUUAAAAUUUUAAAGUUUUUGUUCAUAAUUCUAAUUUAAAUUAAAUUCAAAUUUUAAAAAAAUCUGACAGAAUUUUUUUAAGAAUUGACAUGAAAAAAAUUCUUUGCCUUUAAAAUGAGAAUUUAAAAUUCCUAUAACUUGUGUAAAAACGACAAAAAAUUAUGAGAGCUGUUAGAAAUAUUUAAAAUAUGAUUGUGUACAAUUUAAAAUAAAAUACAUAAAAUUAAAUUAUUUAUUGGAAAU